UCACAUUCAACAGUCUAUUCAGUAAUCGCCCAACGCAAAGGAGCGCUCAUUAUAGAACAGUUUGAGAGAGCGACAGAGAGAGAAGUUGAAUAAACAAUACUUUCGUUUGUUUCUCGCAGGAUUUAAGGAUAUUUACACCAAUUUCUAGUCUUUUUUAAGCAACGUUUUGCAAUAUUUAUAUUUUUUCCUCAGUCAAAAAGCCAAUUAUAUUAUCUACAAGGGACCGUUACAUAAAGUGAUUAAAAACGUUUGGACGCGUCAUCUCUGAACAAUCUCAAGAAACUGCUGAGUGCACGGAAACAUGCCGUCGCUUCUAGAUUGAACAGGUCAGCUCGGAUUUCCGUUAAGUAUUUACAACUAUUUGUGACUGGGCACCGGACAGGCAGACUUUACCUCAGAUGCACCUCACAUACAUGACAGACCCCGUUUAGAGCGCAGAGGAGAGCGAGGAGCAAAAACAUACCGGCUCAAACCAAACAAACCGUUUGUAGUUUGACAGUUGGAGGCGGUUAUGCCAGCCGCUGACUUCGACAUGGUGGUUGACAGUCCCCGGUUACACGGGGGUAAAGCCCCCGCCUCUACCCCCAACAACGAGAACGUUGUCCCGGCUUCCCUAAGCAGUCCUGCCGUGGAUAUCCUGCGGAACUUCUACCAUACCAAGCGUGUGGGAAACUACUUGAUCGGGAGGAAACUUGGAGAGGGCUCCUUCGCUAAAGUCCGAGAGGGACUUCAUGCCAUGACCGGAGAGAAGGUUGCAGUAAAGGUGAUCGAUAAGAGGAAGGCGAAGAAGGACUCGUAUGUGACUAAGAACCUCCGUAGAGAAGGUCAUAUCCAACAGAUGAUCAGACACCCCAACAUCACCCAGCUGCUGGACAUACUGGAGACUGAGAACAGUUACUACCUGGUGAUGGAGUUGUGUCCUGGAGGAAACAUCAUGAACCGGAUCUACGAUAAGAAGAAGCUGGACGAGAGAGAGACUCAGAAAUACGUACGGCAGCUGGUGAUGGCUGUGGAACAUCUGCACAGAGCUGGAGUGGUGCACAGGGAUCUGAAGAUUGAGAACCUACUAUUGGAUGAACAGGACAGCAUCAAGCUCAUCGAUUUUGGUCUCAGUAACUGUGCAGGGAUCCUGGGUUAUUCAGAUCCAUUCAGUACGCAGUGUGGGAGCCCAGCCUACGCUGCUCCAGAACUACUGUCCCGCAAGAAGUACGGACCCAAGGUGGACGUCUGGUCCAUUGGAGUGAACAUGUACGCCAUGCUGACUGGGACCCUUCCCUUCACCGUGGAGCCCUUCAGUCUCAGGGCUCUGCACCAGAAGAUGGUGGACAAGGAUAUGAACCCUCUACCGCCCUCUCUCUCUACAGCGGCCAUCUGUCUGUUGAAGAAGCUGUUAGAACCAGAUCCAGCUAAGAGACCCAACAUCCACCAGGUCAUGGUCGACUCCUGGCUUCAACUGGCUAACGCUAACACUGGAGCACCCUACCUCAACAGGAUCCACAUUGAGGAGAUCAACCACAUGGUAUUACUGCAUAUGACAGAGAGGAUGGGCUACAAACACAGCGAGGUGCUGAGUGCCGUGCUCACCAACAGAGCCUGUCACACCCUGGCUGUCUACUUCCUGCUCAAUAACAAGAUGAAGAGGCUCUCCAAGGAGUACAGGGAGAAGGUGUACCAGGAGAAGGAGAAGAAGACAGAGAAGAAUGAAUAUUUCCAAACCCAGUGGAGAAAACACGUAGAGAAGGUCACCAUCCCUCCGAAACAGACUCCCGUCUACCUGGCCGUUAGCAAGGGCCCGAGCAAGGAGAAGAAGCACAGGAAUGGUCUUCUGCGAGCGGUGACAGGUAACUUCCACCGUGCUUCUCCUCUCGCCCCGUCGGGCACUGUCGCCUCGUCCUCCAUGGAAUACCUAGAGAUCCACCCCCUCUUCCCCCGCACGCCACAGCCAAUUAGGCGCCUCGAAACUCUCCAGGCGGCCAAUACUAGCCCAGACCACAUCCCUGCCCCCCCGGCUCCCUCUCCAAUCGGUAUGCACUCCUACGACUCCCUCUCCAAAGCCGAGCCAAUCGACGACGUUGUGGUUCCUGCCUCGGCCACUCCCUGGUACAAACUGACCAAUGGGACUUUCUCCCCUCCGCGACAUGUCUCCGCCUUUCACCCUGACUCCUCCUACUUAAAAAAGGCGACCAUCCCCAGCCCCCCCGUCCUCAUCGUCAACCCCCUGCCUAAAAAGUCCUCCUCUAACUCGGGUGACUGGUGCGGGUCAGACACCAGCUGUAGCCCCCCCAGCUCCUUCGGCAGCCCCCCAGGAGGCUCAGCCUUCUCCCCGCCCAAAUCAGCCUUCUCCCCCCUCAACCCAUCAUCUGCCUUUAGUCCUCCGUCCGCCGGGGGCAGCGUUGAGCCAGACAGCCCCUAUCACCGCGGCAGUAAGUUCCCCUCUAUGGGCAUCGGUCAGAUCCUGAAGAAGAAGGUUCCCUUCCAGCCGUUCAGUUUCAGGGCGGAGCAAGCGGUGGAGGAGGAUCUGGUGUCUCCGCCCCCUUACCACAUGCAGACGCUGCUCUGCGCCUCCGGGGCGCUCAAGACCCUCUGCUGAAGCAUUCUGGGUAACGGAACAAUGGCGAUGAUCAAUGACCAUGUGGAGGAUUAUGGCUCUGGUCCAAUGAAACGAGGAGAUAAGAUGUCGUCGCUUCAGACAGUUUUUUAAUCUCGAUCAUACUUCCUGCUUCCUGUUUUGGGGCAGGAAGUGGGCGUGUUUCUUCCUGAGCGGCCUUGGAACUUUUGUGAACUUUGACCCUGUGAACUGUCCUCUUGCUGAGGCAGUCACCAUGACGACACUAUGACUUUCGAUACAGAGAGACUCUCUGGCUGUUGGAGUGAAAGACUAUAAAAUAAACAGGGUGGUUUGAAAAUGAAAUGAAAAUGACUCUUUGUACGACUGUUUCUGCUGGUGAAAGGCCUUUGUGAAGACAAGCUGUGACUCCAGUGACUGGAACAUGUGACGUAAAGCUUUACAGUGUCAGAGUUUUACCUGUCUUUGUUACAUAUUGUGUUGUGAGAGAGGGCUGAGUCACACACACACACACACACACACACACACACACACACACACACACACACACACACACACACACACACACACACACACACACACACACACACACACACACACACACACACACACAUUCAGGGAAAAUUAAUAUGAGGUGUUUACAGUGGAAAUGGCUGUAUUAUCUAACUAUUGUAAACCAAACCUACAAUGACAUCAGGGGCUGAUUUCCCUAGAAGACUGUUGUGUCAUUCUGUUAUUCCAGGAAGUUCCUUCAGCUUGACAUUACUGUGGUUGUGUACGUUAAGCCACAUAGUUCGAGUCAACCAAUACCAACAGCUGCCUGUCACUCUCACCUUUCUGCUGUCACAUUCAUUACAACCAAACAUUAUGCGAUCUGUGGUUAAGAUCAGUCGAUUAGUUAUGUGGAAUUUCUGCUUUGGUUUCAUUCCAACGGAACCUGACCAUCAACCGUGGGUUCUUCCGCAGAAUUAGAACGCGUUCUAAUUCUACGGUUUCCACGGUGAAUUGUGUUCCACUGGAACCCAACACUGCAGAAUCCUAGCGAUUUAGUUUGUUUCUGAGCCAGUCACAUAACCUUCCAUACCGCUCUGACUUCCCUAUAGCCCUAUAAGGUUGUGUUCUGAGCCCAACUGCCAACCUGUUAUACAAUCAGCUUCUAUACGACAGUGGAAAUAUACAUCAUUCUAUAUGACAGUUUAACUAUUAGACGAUCCAUUCCUUAGGGUGCGUCCCGAAUAGUAUUCUAUUCCCUACAUAGCCCACUGCUUUUAACCAGAGCCCUAUGGACUAUAGAAUGUGUAGGAUACCAUUAGGGACUCUGUUAGCAGAUCUACCUGUUGAGACAGACAAGUUAUAUAAAAGUGUCAAAGGGAUUACAAUGAGUUGCUGAGUGUUGUAACCCUGCCCUGCCUCAGACUGAAACAGGAGGAGGAAGAGGAGGAAGAGGAGGGUUGACCUUCCACUAUCACGGCACGUAAAAGUGAUACAUUUCAUAUCGUCUUCAAGUGAUACUGACUGUAGUUUGUGCAAUAUUGCUAUAUGUGUGUUCUGCCUGCCGUGAACGACGGUAUUGCCAAGGUGCUUUCUGAACGAAUGGAAACGAUGGGUGUUGUCGUGCCAGUUUACUGUGUAAUUAAUAAUACUGUAUGAUUCCGGAGGUUCUAAAGGUUCCCGAUGAUGGAUUCUAGUGUUCUGUAUUCUAUGAUUUUUAAACUACUACUGUCUUCUUGUACAUAUUGACUGUGACCUUUGACAUUGCCACACCAUUGAUUCACCAGACUGUAUUGGACGAGCAAAUGCUUCCACUUUACACAAUGCUUCUCCCUUUUGACAUAGAAUGUGUUUCAUAUCUGUCAACACUUGCAUGCAAGACUGUUUUAAUACCGAUUUUAAUACGAACAUUUAAAAACUUUUGAACUUUUUGAAAAUAUGAAAUGUCUUUAAGUCUUUAAAACUAUUUUUUUUCUGUUGUUGAAAUGAACGGACUUGAUUCAAGGUUCUUUUGUAAUGAAUUGUUUUUUGCUUUUGAGUGUCGAGAUUUUUAC